AUGUCUGACAAAGACUUCAACGAGAAAGUCCACGUUGUGCAUUACGAGACGGCGCAUAACAGCCACGAUGCCGACCACGCACCCGACAUUAGGCGGGUUACGUCGCAUGGGUCGCGCGGACGGCGUCCGAGUCACGACAAGCUGCCAUUCACAGUCUCAGAGAAUGAGGUUACGGACCAGGAUAUCGUAGAGGGCGAGGACUUGAUUCGCGCACAUGACGAGUUCACCGAAAAAGAGUACAGCCGCGUCAUCCGCAAGGUCGACUUUAUCAUGAUGCCCAUGCUCAUGCUCUUGUACGGCUUGCAAUAUUCAGACAAGACGAGUCUGUCAAGCGGUGCCGUGUUCGGCCUGCUACAAGACACGAAUCUCAGCAAGGCCGAGUUCGCAAACCUCUCCACCAUCUUCUAUGUGGCAUAUGCGGUUGCGCAGUAUCCCAUGAUGUUUAUGCUGCAGCGUUUCCCACUCGGACGCGCGCUCGCCGUCUGCGUCAUCAUCUGGGGAAGCAUGGUCCUCUGCCUCGCCGCCUGUAACAAUUACUCUCAGCUUUUAGCUGUUCGUUUCUUCCUCGGCUGGUUUGAGGCCGUCGUCACUCCCGGUUUCGCCAUCUUCAGUGCGGCAUGGUACCUGCGUAAAGAGCAGUCCCUCCGACAGGGUCUGUAUUACUCGAUGAACUCGUUUUUCGCCGUCAUUUUCGGCGUGGGGAUUUACUACCUCGCAGAUAAUGCGCAGAGGAAGGGAGGCAUCGCGGCGUGGCGUGUCAUCAACCUCUUCCUCGGCGGCCUCACUGUCGGCAUGGGAUUCGUCUUCCUCGCUUUUGGCGGCACACCAGACGAGGUGUGGUGGCUCAGCAAGCGCGAGAAGCGCAUGGCUAAAGCUCGUAUUGUUUCCAACGCUACUGGCGGAGGCGAGCGCCAACCAUGGAAGUGGAAGCAAGUACGCGAGUGCCUACGUGACCCGCAAUGGUACUGCGCGCUCCUGUUCAACCUCCUCCCAUCCAUUCCCAACGGCGCCAUUUCGACGUUUAUGAACCUCAUCUUCACAGGUCUUGGGUUCACGCCCCUCGAAUCGGUCCUCUUCUCACUGCCAAUGUAUGGUCUUUGCUUUGUGGGAAUGAUCAUCUCAUCCAUCAUUGUUCGGUACUACGUGUGGAUGCGCUUCCCAAUCGGAAUCUUCUGGCAGUGCACAGUCAUUGUCGUCCUCUUCUUCCUCGGAUUUGCCGAGGAUGCGGACAAGUGGACAAAGUACGGCGUCAUGGUUAUGGGCGUCUGUUUCUCCAUCGGGACAUUCAUCCUCGCCUGGCCCACUAUUUCCGUCAACGUCGCUGGUCGAACCAAAAAGUCUUUCUUUGGCGGAUCUUCACUCAUCGCGUAUUGCAUCGGCAACAUCAUCGGGUCGCAGGUCAUGCGUCCCGACGAUGCACCGCUUUACCGCCGCGGCAUGACCAUCUGCGGCACAGUCAUGAUUGUCAACAUUGUCAACACGCUUGUGUGGUGGUGGCACUACAAGCGCGAGAACAAGAAACGCAAUGCCGAGUUCCUCGCAUCAGGCCUUACAGAGGAAGAGCGUGACCACCAGAACUUCCUCGCUGGCGAGCUGGACCUCACUGACAUGGAGAACCGCCACUUCCGCUACCUCGCGUAA